CAAUCACUUAAAAUGGUCAAACGUGUUUCCGUACUCGGCUGUGGUUCCUGGGGUACUGCUUUAGUCAAAGCCGUUGCCGACAAUGUCUUAUUGUCGCAUGAAUUUUGUUCCAAGGUCUACUGGUUUGUACGUGAUGAAAUAUAUGACAACCGAAGUUUAACUGAAUGGAUCAACAAAGAUCAUAUGAAUCCAAGCUAUUUACCGGAUUUUAAACUACCCAGCAAUGUUGUUGCCUCUUCCGACAUUCAGAAAGUUACUGAAAACGCUGAUAUUCUUUUGGUCGCCUAUCCUUCGUGUUAUAUUGUAUGGUUGGUGAACCUUGUUAAAAAGUUUGUCAAGGAAAACGCUUAUUUCGUUUCAUUCUGCAAAGGUCUGAUUUUAUGUCCUGAAGAAAAUAGGAUCAAAUUGGUUAGCGAUCUUAUACGAGAACAAACCGGUAAACGUUGCGUUGUUGUUAUUGGAGCAACAACAGCCCUUGAAGUGGUUAAAGAACAAUUCACUGAAGUAACUAUUGGAUCUCGUAACCUUGAAUGUGGACGUGAAGUUAAAAGACUUCUUCAGACAGAUUAUAUGAAAUUAGUUAUAACUCAAGAUGAUGUUGGUGUUGAAUUAUGUGGUUCAUUGAAAAAUGUCGUGGCGAUAGCAGCAGGAAUAUGUGAUGGUCUACAGUUAGGUGAUAAUACUAAAGCAGCUGUAUUACGAAUCGGUUUCUGGGAGGUGUCUGUAUUGAUGAAUGAAUUAUUUCCUGAUCGAGGUACCAACUACUUGACAAUAGAGCAAAGUUGUGGAAUAGCUGAAUUAUUUAUGUGCAUGUCUCAUAAAUCGGACGACAUUGUCGAUGUAGGAGCAGAUCUAGAUCUAUUGAAUAUCACUUUUGGAAGACGAUUAUCCAGAACUGAUACCAAUAGAUUAUCAAUGAGUUCAAUAGCUAACAAAAUACCAUACAGAACUUUUGUAGACGGAAUUGAAUAUGCAAAACAGAUAUACAGUAUCUUAGCUGACAGACGUCGUAUUGAACAUUUUCCCUUAUUCGUUGCUGUUCAUCGUAUUUGUCAAAGUGAAAUAAAACCACAGGAAUUAAUUACAUGUUUGCAAUCACAUCCUAUUCAUGCUUAGCCAUUACUUACGAGUAACAAAUCAAAGUAAAUACGAUGUAUACAAAUUUAUACCGUCAUUUUGUGAUUUCUGCUAUUUUGAACUUCUGUUUUCGUCUUUAAGUAUAAACAUUGGGAGAUGGAAUUUCAUUUAUUUGACUAUUGAAAAAGAAGCUCUCAUCCUUCCUACUUCCGUACAGCUAUAUAUGAAAGGAAACUAUAAAACCUUUUAUUUCCUUUAAUGUACUUUGUUUAACUAACUUAACUAGUCUGUUUCAUUAUUUCAUUUCAUAAU